GCUACGAAAAGCAAACAAAAAGAUCGACAUGGGUGUCUCUUCAAAAUGGUUGUCUUUGAGUCUUCUUGUUCUCUGCAUCGCUCUCCAUCUAACUGCAAUUGCUUUCGGGGAUGACAAGCUCGACAAGGCUAGAUUCCGCGAUGAUGAUUGUCGAUGGAGCCGAGGACGCUGUCGUGAUGGUUUUCGCGGACCGGGUGGUCCGCGGUUUGGGGGUCGUAGAGGUGGAGGCUUUGGUGGCGGAGCAGGAGGAGGAGGAGGUUUUGGCGGUGGAGGAGGUCAUGGAGGAGGUUUUGGAGCUGGGGGAGGUGUAGGUGGUGGUGUUGGAGGGGGAGCUGGCGGUGGUGGUGGAGGCGGUGGCGGUGGAGGAGGCGGUGCAGGUGGUGGUUCAGGUCAUGGAGGAGGUUUUGGAGCUGGGGGAGGUGUAGGUGGCGGUGCCGGGGGUGGAGUUGGUGGUGGCGGUGGUUUUGGAGGUGGAGGAGGUGGUGGUGUUGGAGGUGGUUCGGGUCAUGGAGGAGGGUUCGGAGCUGGGGGUGGUGUAGGUGGUGGUGUUGGAGGAGGAGCCGGUGGUGGAGGAGGUGGAGGCGGCGGCGGCGGUGGCGGUGCCGGUGGUGGUUCUGGUCACGGAGGAGGAUUUGGAGCCGGAGGUGGUGUAGGAGGUGGUGCCGGAGGGGGAAUUGGAGGCGGCGGCGGUGGAGGUGCCGGAGGAGGAGGAUCUGGGCACGGUGGUGGAUUUGGAGUUGGAAUUGGGAUUGGCAUUGGAGUCGGAGUCGGUGCCGGGGCUGGCCAUGGAUCUGGCAGUGGCUCCGGUAGCGGUGGAGGUGGUGGACACUAA